AUGUCGGUGCGUGCGGGGUGCUUGCCGUCCGCAUACUUGACGAUCAUCGCUCCUGAAGACUCGCGGACACGCAACCGCGACGGCAGAACGGUGGGGCUAGGAAAACGUGUCGACACCGCAGACACGUGUCUACGUUUCUACCCACACCCCGCGCUUACUUGUUGCCAUCGUUUUUGGCUGAUCAGCGGCUUUGACGGUGACGUCAGACGCAGCGACAGCGAGGACUGGUGCGAGUGCACGGCAUACAGCCGAGUGGUGACCAGGCUGACGACAGGGAAACAAGCCAGACGUUUUGGUGCUACAGGCUUCUGGGAUUCGGCGUUUGGAGCACGCCGAGAGUAG